UAAUAACGCAGGGUUCAGGCCCUGGAAGAUGCGCUAGAAGGGAUGCGCUAGAAGAUGUACACAGAAGUGAACUAUCAAAGAUGCAGGAGGUCGUCCUCUUCCUGCUUCUCCUGGGUGCGCUGUCAGGCGGACAGGCACUACACCUAAUCGACUUACCUGCUAUGAGCAAAGUGGCAGAGAAUUCUCCACCUGAGACUUCAGUGCACAUGUUUUCUGUGAAAUUAUCAGCAUCACUGUCACCUGUGGUCCCAGGGUUCCCCCUGAUAAUCAACUCCAGUCCCCUCACUCGGGCCUUCAGGGUGAACUGGCUGUCAGACACCAACUUUGAGGUUGUCACCACUGGUAUGGAACAAUUAGAUUUUGAAGAAGGACCACACAUAUUUGACUUGAAGAUUUAUGUGAAGGAUGACAUGGCUGUCACUGACCUGCAGGUCCUGACAGUCCAGGUGACAGAUGUGAAUGAGCCGCCUGAGUUUCAGGGCAACUUGGCAAAAGGUCUAGACCUCUACAUAGUGGAAGGAACAAAGCCUGGAUUCGUUUACCAGGUGGAGGCCUUCGAUCCAGAAGACACAAGUCAAAACCUACCCCUCAGUUAUCUCCUGAUUUCCCCUUCAAAGAAUUUCAGAAUGUCUGCUAACGGGACUCUCUUCUCCACAACAGAAUUUGACUUUGAAGCAGGACACAGCAGUUAUCAUCUCAUCGUGGAAGUGAGAGAUAGUCAAGGACUCGGAGCAUCCACGGAGCUGCACGUGAACAUCGUGAACAUCAAUGAUGAGAUCCCACGCUUCACCAACCUGACGCACAUGUACACGAUUCCUGAGGAGCUGAGUCCAGGAAUCACCGUGGCCCAUAUCACAGCGGAGGACCCUGAUGACAGAGGUUUUACCAGCUUCCUUCUCUACAGCAUCACUACUGCCAACAGCUAUUUCAUGAUCAAUCAGUUGACUGGGGCCAUCCAAGUGGCACGCAGGAUAGACCGAGAUGCAGGCGAAUUAAGACAAAAUCCCGUCAUAUCUCUGGAGGUUCUGGUGAAGGAUAGACCCUACGGGGGUCAAGAGAAUCGCAAGCAGAUAACCUUCACUGUGGAAGACAUUAAUGACAACCCCUCGACAUGCACCAAGUUCACCUUCAGCAUUAUGGUGCCUGAGAGAGCAGCCAGGGGGACGUUGCUUCUGGACCUGAACAAGUUCUGCUUUGAUGAUGACAGCGAAGCACCAAACAACCGAUUCAACUUCACCACGCCAUCUGGAGUGGGGAGAGGCAGCAGGUUUCUACAGGAUCCAGCUGGCUCUGGGAAAAUCGUGUUGAUUGGUGAUCUAGAUUAUGAAAAUCCAAGUAAUCUAGCAGCUGGCAAUAAAUACACCAUGAUAAUUCAGGUACAGGAUGUUGCUGCUCCUUACUAUAAAAAUAACAUCUACAUUUAUAUCUUAACAAGCCCAGAAAAUGAGUUUCCGCUUGUCUUUGAUAGUCCGUCCUAUGCAUUUGCCGUGUCAGAACUGAGCCCACCUAGAACCCAGGUUGGACGAGUGCAAGCGACAGAUAAAGACUUCCCCCAGAGCCGCAUCACAUACUCCAUCUCUGCUGGAGGGGCCAGCCAGCAGUACCCCAGUAUAUUUUGGAUUAAUCCCCAAACGGGAGAACUCCAGCUGGUGACUAAAGCAGACUAUGAAACAAUCCCUGUCUAUAUUCUCAGAAUCCAGGCCACCAACAGCGAGGACAGCAGCUCAGUCACUGUUACUGUGAACAUCAUUGAAGAAAAUGAUGAAAAACCAAUUUGUACCCCAAACUCAUAUUUCCUGGCCAUCCCAGUGGAUCUGAAAGUUGGCACAAAUAUUCACAACUUCAAGCUCACAUGUACUGACCUUGAUUCCAGCCCUAGGUCUUUUCGUUACUCCAUUGGCGCAGGCAACAUCAACAGUCAUUUCACUUUCUCUCCCAACACUGGGUCCAAUGUGACAAGUCUGAUCCUGGCGACUCGCUUUGACUAUGCUAGUGGGCUAGAUAAGAUCUGGAACUACAAACUGCUUGUCUACAUAACCGAUGACAACUUGCUGUCCGGCAGGAAGAGAGCUGGGGCUCUUGUUGAAACCGGGACCGUGACACUGAGUAUUAGUGUCAUUCCUCACCCAACCACGAUUAUCACCACAACUCCCAAGCCAAGGAUCACCUACCAGAUCCUGAGGAAGAACGUGUAUUCUCCAUCUGCCUGGUAUGUGCCUUUUGUCAUCACUUUGGGCUCCAUGUUGCUUCUGGGUCUCCUGGUGUCCAUGAUCAUCCUGCUGGCCAAAGCCAUCCACAGACACUGUCCCUGCAAGACUGAAAAGCACAAGAAACCUCUGGUGAAGAAAGUAGAAAUGAAGAACACAAAGAGAGAGGUCAUGGUGGAAACAAUCCAGAUGAACACAGUCUUUGAUGGAGAAGCCACAGACCCAGUUACUGGGGCAAUAUAUGAAUUCAACUCAAAAACUGGAGCCAGAAAGUGGAAAGACUCCUUAACCCAAAUGCCAAAAUGGAAAGAGUCCAGCCCCCAGGGAGCUGCUCCAAGAAGACCUGUCCCUCAGGAAGGGACCAGGACACCAAGGAGCACUGACAAGGAAAGAGAUGGUCUGAGCAUCAAAGUCCAGGCUGAGGAUGCAGGCCUGGGGCCCAGGAGCCAGGACAGCAUGCCGAGCACCCCAAAGAACAGAAACCCAGCCUUCACGAGAGGGACAUCCCCCAAACAGCACCCAGAGAAGUGAACUAGGCAAUGCAGCGAGCGAACUUGACUGUCUGGAUGCCGCUUCACCUUACAUUCUUCGAGCGCAGAGUGGGAGGCAGAAAAUGUAGGGGAUCCAGGGUCCCAGAAGGAAUGUUUGACAAACUUUAAACAGAAAUGGGUUUGAUUCCAGAGUUGCCUUUUUCUGAGAUGGCCCAGGAGUGGUUUUGCUCAAUCAUCUAUGCCUCUGAUCAGCUGGACUGUUAACUUGAAUGUGGACUUGUGUUUCUUCUUCAUAUUGACUCUAGGAAGCCGCAUUCCAUUCCAUUCACCCUUGGGAAGUGCAGGAGACCUGCUGCCUAAAUUCUGAGGGCUACCCUCCCAUCUGGUUCCACCUUUUUUUUUUUUCCUGCCUUAAUUUUGGUGUCUCCCAGAUUUCUUCACUGAUAAAUACAGUUCAACACCAUUGUAAAUCACCUCUAAUCUUUUUCUAAAGAGGCAGAGCAGUGGGGGCAAAAAGGAUGAAUAAAUAAUAAGUUGUUCAUCUGGAAAGAAGAAAACACACUAGAUACCUUUAAUUCCUUCUCAUUAAGGUAAAACUGAUAAAGCAAUAAGACGCACAGAUCUAAGGCGCUCAGCUUGAUACCAUGUAGACUCCUGCCAGAGGCAACCACUAUUCGGGUCUUUAUUGUCGUAAAUUACUUUUGCCUUUUUGGAAUUUCCUAUAAAUGGGAUUACACAGAACACCCUCUUUUAUGUCUGGCUCCUUUUACUAAGCAUCAUGUCUGUGUGUAACCAUCCAGGUCUCUUCACUGUAUAUCUUAUCCCAUUGAGGGAAUCUACCACAUGUCAUUUAUCCAUCUCACAUUUAGGUGGCUGCUCCCCGUUUUUUGUUUGUGUGUGUGUUUUUUUUUUUACUAUUAUAGAUUACAGCACAGUGAACUUCCUUUUCCACAUCUUUUGGUAGCACAAACACUUGUUUCUUCUGAGCCUAUUCCUAGGAGAGGGAUGGCCAGAGCCAUUCUGGAAUCUGAGGAGUCUGAAGUUGGGGGCUCCAGUUUACACUCCCACCAGCAAUGAUGGAGGCUCUGAUUGCUUUCCUCCUUGGUCAACACUUGGUGUCGUCAGUCCUUUUCAUUUUAGCCAUCCUGGUGAAAAUUCCUCUUGAAAUAAAGCCACUGUUUUUUGCAAAGCUAAAACAACAUCAACCCUGCAACCUACCUGCCCAGCUCUUUCUCUACCUCCUCUUGAGGGAGACCACAGGACUCCGAGUAGAGACACAACGGGAAGCCCUAGCCAUUCAUACAGCUGAGACAUUCACCGUGGGCACAAGCAAUGACCCAAACAUAAAGCCUCCCUGUGAUGGAAGAGAAAAUGGAAAUUUUCAGUGUGUGCCUGGUAGAGGCCAAGCAAUCCUCGCCUUCGCUCCAUGUCCUGCUCCUUAGCUGCUGUGACCACAGGAAAGGACUAGAUGAGAGUCCAUUGGAGCAGUACCCACUUGCCCGGUUGGGGUAACAGAUGAGAAUCCCCCAGGCCCAGGAUGGCCUGUACGAGGCAGCCAGGAUCCAUCCUGCAAAUGCAGAACUUGGGAGGGAGCAGCUGCACUGUUUAUUGUGUGCCUGCUGUCGUUGGUGUGACUUCUCAAGAAAAAGAAACAUUUAGAAAAUGCCCCGUCCUGGCCUAGAGCAAGUGUGAUUUAUUAAUAAGGGUUGGUUGCCAGGGAACUCCCUUGAAUAGGUUUAAAUUUUGCAAAGAAGGCAGAGCUGCUCAUUUGUGGAGGUUAAAGUGGGUGAAGUGGCUGAUUACCCAUUUAAGACUAGGCAAGUCUGUGGAGCCCGGAGUAAAAGGCCUUCCUUAGAAGCUCUCAGCCUCAAUGUAAGUAAAAUGAAGCUCCGAAAAGGCUGAAGGGGGUGCCUGAUAACUGUUUACGAGCCCAUUAAGGAUGAUUAAAAGGAGGGUGGUGAACAGCUGUUCUCCCUUCUCCUGUGAUGACAGGGCAGGAGGGGAUCGUGCUCCUUGGACAGAAAGAGAGAUUUAAGUUAGGCACAGGGAGGGGCCUCUCGAAGCCCAGGGUCUGCUUGAAGAGUCAUUUCUCUCCCUGGUGAUGGGCAGGAAGAGUUGUCUUCCAAGCCCCAAGAUGUGAACACUGAGGAGCCCAAGAUAUGGGUCAGGAGUGGUACCAGGAAACUUCUGCCAAAAGAAACUGCCUUUUUCUUUUGCAUAUUGGACUAUUCAAUUAGGGGCAAUUAGAAGUCUCAGGUCUAGGACUAGAUUAUUUAAACCAGGUUUGAAAAAUAAAUUACCUGAGUAAAAUCAAGCCAGGGCCCAUUGCUGCUGCUAAGUCGCAUCAGUUGUGUCUGACUCUGUGCGACGCCAUAGACGGCAGCCCACCAGGCUCCUCCAUCCCUGGGAUUCUCCAGGCAAGAACACUGGAGUGGGUUGCCAUUUCCUUCUCCAUUGGGAACCAUGUAAAAGUUCUCUCACAUUUCUUUCCCAAGGACUUAAUCACAUACAAAUUUAUUGUAUCUAAUGUUGACUUGCCUGAUUCUGAGUCAUUAAAAAUUAAAGCAAACAUGUUCAGAGAUCAGGUCACAGAGGGAUCCACUGAGGGAUCUGGAAGCCCAUGGUGAAUUCUGAAGUUGGAGCUUUCCCUCGCGUUCAGUAGGAAGCGGGGUCUGCAUCGCUGUCCCCUUUUGUUCAGAGCACGUGUGAAGAAAAACUGGGCAAUGAUGCUUACGCCCCUUA